AUGUCAUCUACUUCUGCACCCACACCCCUGAUUGGUGUGAUUGUUUGCUCCUCACGACAGCCACGGGUUUGCCCUCAGAUCGCGGCUUUGGUCACCUCAACAAUCGAAAACUGGACUUCUACAUCUUCGGAUUCCCCGCCUCGAGCCAAACUCCAGCUGAUCGACCUGGCAGUAUGGAAUCUCCCCAUGUUCGACGAACCAACAAUCCCCUCUCAGAUUAAGAACUAUUGUGACUACGCCCAACCACACACCCGUGCUUGGAGCCAAGAGAUCCAGAAAUAUGCCGGUUUCAUCUUCAUCCUGCCCCAGUACAACUGGGGCUAUCCAGCCGUCAUCAAGAACGCAAUCGACUAUUUGUUCAACGAAUGGAGAGCCAAGCCCGCGAUGAUUGUUAGCUAUGGUGGUCAUGGCGGUACAAAAUCCGCCGGGCAGCUGCGACAAGUCCUCGAUGGUGUUAACAUGAACGUGGCGGAGACUAUGCCUGCGCUUGCGUUUCCGGACAGGACGGUGCUGGUCAAGGCGGCGAAAGGAGAUGAUUUGAACCUGGGCGAGGAGUCCAGGAUUUGGACUGAGGAACGGAAGGAUAUUUAUAAGGCGUUCGAGGAUCUAAUGGCGCUUGUGUCCAAGACUUUGUAG